UCCGAGGGAGUUUGAUGAGGGAUCUACCCCCAGGCACAUUUCAAUAUGUAUUGAAAGCCGCCUAACUCAAUCUUGCACUUCUUCCACAUAUACCAGGGAGGUCAAUCAAACUUUUUGCGCCAUAAUGGCGUCAACCGCGACGAGCCGCAAUGUUGUGGAUAAAGAAGAGGUGGAUUCUACAGGAACAGCAAGAAACACACCGAAUGGCGAGCAAGGACGAUCAGAUGGGUAUCAUCAAGAUGCGACCCUUACUCAAGACAAGAAAGAUGAAGACAAGAAGGCGAAGAAACCCUCAAAACUCAAGGCUGGUUGGGACAAACUCGGUCUCGACCCGCCUACGCUCAUGAUGAUGGGCAAAGCCGCACUACCCCCAACAAUUGCGUUGUCCAUGUACCAAGCAACAGAUGUUGCGGAAACCUUCACCACGUUGGGUUACCUGACAGCCAUCAUCAGCAUCAUCGGAUUCUGUAUCAUGCCGCGCGCCAAGUUCAUCCAGACAAUGACGAUGAAUGUAUUGGCGACAUGUGUUGGCUCGGCUAUAGCAUUGCUCAUGGUCUGGACGGGAGUGAAAGCUCGACAACAUACGACUCCGGUCGGAGCACCACCACAACGCUACAACUCCUCGCAAUCGGCUGUUCUCGGAGUAUGGCUCUUCUUCCAGAUUUAUGCCAUCAAUGCGAUGAAGGCGAAAUUUCCCCAAUUGGCUUUUCCUACGAUCAUAUAUGCCAUCCAGGUCAAUGUUGCGGCAACCAAUGGCUUCUUGUUUCAAACGGUAGCACAGUGCGAGUCCUUCAUUCAAAGGCUUCUUGAGGCCUUCUUGACUGGGUUUGCGAUCUGCACAGGAGUGAGCUUGUUCAUUAUUCCUGUUACAUCGCGAAAGGUGGUAAUGAAAGAGGUGGCGGGUUAUAUUGGCUUGUUGCGCGGAACACUCGGUGCGCACAAGGGUUACAUACACAGCCUAGAAACAAGCGAUAUGUUCGGGGAGAAAUACGCUCCUGAGGAUGGAGAUGAUAAGAAGAAGACAAAAGCAAGGCCUGAAGUGGAAGCUAUCAAGAAGAUGACUGGAGCCCUACAGGCAUUGCACGGUAAGCUCACCGCGGAUCUGCCAUUUGCGAAACGCGAGAUUGCCUAUGGAAAGUUGACGCCAGAUGAUCUCGAGGCCAUGUUCAAGAAUUUGCGGUCGAUCAUGCUUCCUAUCUUGGGUCUCGGAUCGGUCAUGGAUCUUUUCGAGCGUGCAGCUGAAAUCAACCACUGGGAUGGACAAGAGGACGAACACGACGAAGCACUUCGCAAACAAACCGUCAAAGAAUGGAACGACAUGUUUCAAUUCGUUCACGAACCUUUCAACAACAUCUUCCAAGCUCUUGAUGAUGGACUUGCACACGUCAUGUUGAAGUUACAGCUCACUAAGCCGCCCAAAAAGAAGAAGGGCCAAAACCAAGAUGAUGCCGAAGCAAAAGGUGACGCUAUCAAGCCAGGACAAGCAGGCUUUGCAGAAUACAUGCAGAAGCAAUCAGAUGCCUUCUUCAGCAGGAAGGAACCUACUCUCCGCCACUGGGUUGAAACAAAGGGCAUCAAGCUCCGCGAUGACUACUUUUCAUCGCCAUCAGCACUUGACGAAGAAACUUUGAAGCUCAUGCCCAGCAUCACCACGCGAAAGCGAGAUCAACGACAGCUCUUCAUGGUACUCUAUGUCAUGUUCCUCUUGGGUUCAAUAAGUCGUUCAGUCGUCGAGUUUAUCAAGUUCGCGGAUGAGCACGACCAAGCAACUGCGAAAAGCAAGUUCAUCUGGCCUGGUGGACGACGCUUUAAGAAGUGGGCAAAGAGCAUAUUCCAGAGCCAGGACUCCACUCCUGAUGAUGAAACAACAGUCGCUGGGUUUGACAGGAGCAACACGACUGUUUAUAUGGGCGAGGCGUAUAAGGAGAAAAAGGACCCUGAGCAUCUACCACCCGCCAACACGUGGGAGAAGUUUGGCAACGGUAUCCGUGCCAUUUCACGUUUCCUACGAAGUCCCGAAUCAGCCUUUGGUUUCCGUGCCGCGUGUGCCACGAUGAGUAUCGCCAUUGUCGCCUUCCUUCGUCCAACUCAGCAAUUCUUCGUUGAACAACGCUUGGUCUGGGCGCUUAUCAUGGUGGCCAUCUCCAUGACUCCAACGGCUGGUCAAUCCAUUUUCCAAUUCAUACUCAGAAUCGCUGGUACCGCAGCCGCAAUGAUAAUAGCCUGGCUUAUAUGGUACAUUCCUGGGCAGAAGACUCCUGGUAUCCUAGUAUUCCUUUGGGUCUUCGUCGCGAUCGGCUUCUACAUUCCGCUAAAGCGAAUGGAUCUGGUUAUUGUCGGCUUGAUCAGUGUAGUCACAGCCACCAUGAUCGUCGGUUAUGAGCUGCAAGUGCGCAAGAUAGGAGAGCAGGCCGCAACAGCAUCAACAGGCCAACCCGCAUACCCAAUCUAUGAACUCGGCCCCUACCGUCUCGCCACCGUUGUCGGUGGUCUAGCCGUCGCCUUCUUCUGGACCAUCUUCCCUUACCCCAUUACUGAGCACUCUGCGCUUCGCCAGAAACUCGGUGGCGCAUUGUACCUAUCUGCGAACCUGUAUUCCAUCAUGCACGAGCAGGUCAUGGGUCGCAUUCGUGGUGAACUUGGAGGCGACGAGGAAAGCGACAAGGAGAGUCCGGGUUACCAGCUCGUCAAAGCGCGAAACAAGGUGUUUGCGAAGCAGAUGCUCACUCUACAAGGACUGAAAAUGCAUGCCGGAUUCGUGAAGUGGGAGUUUCCACUUGGAGGCAAAUUCCCAAAGGACGAGUACGAGAAGAUUAUCGGUUAUGUCGAAAAUAUCGUAAACUACACGGCCCUCCUAGGCUACGCCUCCCAAGCCUUCACCCACCCCUCAUUUAACCACCAAUCCGCCGACCCCACAUCCCCUCAAACAGACGAGGCUCCCUUCCCAGACCAUCACUCCGCGCAGUGGUUCAACGACUUCCGCCGCGUCAUUAUGUCUGCCAAAGUCACUUCGCAUGAAAUAACAUCCUUGCUCGCCAUGCUCUCCUCCAGCAUCACAAAUGCGCAACCUCUACCUCCUUACCUCCACGCACCCCCGGGAGCCCAAUUAAGUCGGAAACUCGAGAUGGUGGACCCGGAGAUACUGAGUUUGAGACAUAUUGCUGAACCGGGAUAUGCGGCAUUUGCAGUCAUGAGCAUAAGUACGAGGUGUAUACAUAUGGAUAUCGAGAGGUUGUUGAAGGCGGUUAAAGGGCUGGUUGGGGAGUUGGAUUUUAGCUUUCAUGUUGUUAGUACCAAGGGGGCUGACUCGGGGACUUCAUCAGAGGAGACGCUUGUCAAGAGGAUGACGACGAAGCAGGAUUAGCAAAUGCCUUGUACGUAGUUUAGUAAUAUAUUGUAAUAUCUUUC